AUGUCUGUGGGUCCGUCUGUGGGUCUGUCUGUGGUUCUGUCUGUGGUUCUGUCUGUGGUUCUUUCUGUGGUUCUGUCUGUGGUUCUGUCUGUGGCUCUUUCUGUUGUCCUGUCUGUGGUUCUGUCUGUGGUUCUGUCUGUGGUUCUGUCCGUGGGUCUGUCUGUGGUCCUGUCUGUGGUUCUGUCUGUGGUUCUGUCUGUGGCUCUGUCUGUGGGUCUGUCUGUGGUUCUGUCUGGGGUUCUGUCUGUGGCUCUGUCUGUGGGUCUGUCUGUGGUUCUGUCUUUGGUCCUGUCUGUGGUUCUGUCUGUGGUCCUGUCUGUGGUCCUGUCUGUUGUCCUGUCUGUGGUUCUGUCUGUGGUUCUGUCUGUGGGUCUGUCUGUGGUUCUGUCUGGGGUUCUGUCUGUGGCUCUGUCUGUGGGUCUGUCUGUGGUUCUGUCUUUGGUCCUGUCUGUGGUUCUGUCUGUGGUCCUGUCUGUGGUCCUGUCUGUUGUCCUGUCUGUGGUUCUGUCUGUGGUUCUGUCUGUGGGUCUGUCUGUGGUUCUGUCUGGGGUUCUGUCUGUGGCUCUGUCUGUGGGUCUGUCUGUGGUUCUGUCUUUGGUCCUGUCUGUGGUUCUGUCUGUGGUCCUGUCUGUGGUCCUGUCUGUUGUCCUGUCUGUUGUCCUGUCUGUGGUUCUGUCUGUGGUUCUGUCUGUGGGUCUGUCUGUGGUUCUGUCUGGGGUUCUGUCUGUGGCUCUGUCUGUGGGUCUGUCUGUGGUUCUGUGUUUGGUCCUGUCUGUGGUUCUGUCUGUGGUCCUGUCUGUGGUCCUGUCUGUUGUCCUGUCUGUUGUCCUGUCUGUGGUUCUGUCUGUGGUUCUGUAUGUGGUUCUGUCUGUGGGUCUGUCUGUGGUUCUGUCUGGGGUUCUGUCUGUGGCUCUGUCUGUGGGUCUGUCUGUGGUUCUGUCUUUGGUCCUGUCUGUGGUUCUGUCUGUGGGCCUCAGAGCCGGGUCCCUGCACUUCCCGGGAACGCAGCCGAGCUACGACGGAGAGAACGCCACGAUACGAGAGGUGGAACCCAUCAACUACAACUACAAGAACGAGACGGCGUGGAGAGAGAACACACGCAAAGUCAUGAGCUGGUUCCGGGACCAGAACCUGGACUUUGUCUCCAUGUAUUUCGGAGAACCGGACGGAACCGGUCAUCGCUACGGCCCCAAGUCCCAACAAAUCCGAGACAUGGUCAAACAAGUGGAUCGCACGGUGGGGUACAUGCGACAGACGGCGAGAGAGUACGGUCUGGAGGAGCUGAACGUCAUCAUCACGGCGGACCACGGCAUGAGCGACGUGUUCCGGAACGGUCUGGUGGAGGAGAUCACGCUCAGCAAGAUUCCCGGGUUUUCCUUCCGAGACGUGGCGUUCCAUAUCGUGGACUAUGGGCCCAGCGGGAUGCUCCUGCCCAAACCAGGAAAGCUGGACCAGGUGUACCAGGCCCUGAAGGGAGGCCAUCCGCAUCUGCACGUGUACAAGAAAGAGGAGCUACCAGAAAGACUGCAUUUCAGCAAGAGCGAGAGAAUACUACCCAUAAUCCUCUGGGCUGAUCCGGGAUAUGUCAUCAACGGGUAUUUCCCGGUGCAGUUCCACCGUGGCGAGCACGGCUUCGAUAACGCAGAGAUGGACAUGAAGCCGUUCUUCAGAGCCGUGGGGCCGGCCUUCGCUCGGGGCCUGGAGGUCGGACCCUUCGAGACCGUCAACAUCUACCCACUCAUGUGCCACAUCCUGGGCAUCAGGCCGGAGAAGAACGACGGAGACCUGGAGCUCACCAGACACAUGCUGAGGGAGGAGGCCGAGAGGGGAGGAGGUGAGAGAGGAGGGGAAGGAGGCCGAGAGGGGAGAUUGGAGAGGGGAGGGGAGGAGGUCAGAGAGGAGGGGGGAGAGGGGAGGAGGUGA